AUGGCCUGUGGGGGGGAGGGGUCCAUCAACCUGCGCGCUUAUAGCUCCGCCCCGGAGAAGACCAGCUUCGGCGGCUUGGAGGACAAAGACCGCAUCUUCACAAACAUAUAUGGUCGUCACGACCCGUUCCUGAAGGGUGCGGAGAAGCGUGGGGACUGGCACCGCACCAAGGAUCUGGUGAGCAAGGGCGCCGACUGGAUCGUGGACCAGAUGAAGAAGUCGGGCCUGCGCGGCCGCGGCGGCGCCGGCUUCCCCUCUGGCCUGAAGUGGUGCGUGGAUGGACUGACUGAUUGGGGGUCCUUCAUGCCCAAGGUGUCUGACGGCCGCCCCGGGUACCUGGUGGUGAACGGCGACGAGUCGGAGCCGGGCACGUGCAAGGACCGCGAGAUCAUGCGCCACGAACCCCACAAGCUGGUAGAGGGGUGCCUGAUCGCGGGGACGGCCAUGCGCGCGCGCGCCGGCUACAUCUACGUCCGCGGCGAGUUCGUGGCGGAGCGCCUGGCCCUGCAGCGCGCUAUCGACGAGGCGUACGCGGCGGGGUACCUGGGCCGGGACGCCUGCGGGUCGGGCAAGGACUUUGACCUGGCGGUGCACUGGGGCGCGGGCGCCUACAUCUGCGGCGAGGAGACCGCGCUGAUCGAGUCGCUGGAGGGGAAGCAGGGCAAGCCGCGGCUGAAGCCGCCCUUCCCCGCCAACGUGGGUCUCUACGGCUGCCCCACCACCGUGACCAACGUGGAGACGGUGGCGGUGAGCCCCACCAUCCUGCGCCGCGGCCCCGAGUGGUUCUCCGGCAUGGGGCGCAAGAACAACCACGGCACCAAGCUCUUUGCCAUCUCGGGGCACGUCAACCGCCCCGUCACGGUGGAGGAGGAGAUGAGCAUCCCGCUGCGCGAGCUGAUCGAGCGCCACGCCGGCGGCGUGCGCGGCGGCUGGGACAACCUGCUGGCCGUCAUCCCGGGCGGCUCCUCCGUCCCGCUCCUGCCCAAGCACGCGUGCGAGGACGUGCUGAUGGACUUUGACGCGCUCAAGGAGCGGCAGUCGGGCCUGGGCACCGCCGCGGUGAUCGUGAUGAACAAGUCCACCGACGUGAUCGAGGCCAUCGCGCGCCUGUCCUACUUCUACAAGCACGAGUCGUGCGGGCAGUGCACGCCGUGCCGCGAGGGCACCUCCUGGCUCUACGACGUCAUGACCCGCAUGAAGGCGGGGGAUGCGCGGCUGGAGGAGAUCGACAUGCUCUGGGAGCUGACCAAGCAGAUCGAGGGGCACACCAUCUGCGCGCUGGGCGACGCCGCGGCCUGGCCCGUGCAGGGCCUCAUCCGCCACUUCAGACCCCUCAUGGAGCAGCGCAUCGAGCAGGCCGCCGAGGAGCUGCAGCGCAUCGCCGCCUGA